AUGGCCGCGGAUCUCGUGUUUACGGAGGAAGAAAUUGCGGUUGACGGAGCUCUUGGGUACCCUAAAGCCUUUGCCAAGCUCUGUAAAGACAGGAGUUUUAGCACCCACUGCCAUGGACCUCCGCUCACUUUCACCCCUUAUGCUCUGAAUCAACAAGAGGUUCAAAGGGCGCAGGAAGCAGACGGAUUAUUCCCGAUAAUCGACUUGAAUGCAAAACCGACGACCAAACCAAAGAUUUUUGGAAGUGUCCUGUGGAAACAACUCAAUCACCUUGGAAAUGCUGGCUUUGAUCCAGAAAAGUUUCGUGUAGAUCCAUAUGGGAAUGUUCUUUACUAUCAUGCUGAUGCUGCUUCACCUCUUGCUUGGGAUAUUGACCAUUGGUUUCCUUGCUCCAGAGGGGGUUUAACUGUAGUGAGCAAUUUAAGGAUUAUACAGUGGCAAGUCUACAAGAAGAAGAACAAUCAACUGGAAUUCCUCAUUCCCUGGUGGGAUCUCCAAGUGGGAGUAUCCAUAAACCAAUUCUUGUCCAUAUUUGCCUCGUCGAAUUCUGAUUUCAGGAGGAGAGCGUUCUCGUGGCUGUUUUCUGCUGGUGAAAGCGAGGAACUGAAUGCUCGUCAGACUGUUGAUUCACAUGCGUUUCCUCGACCCUUUGUUGAAUCUUCUCAGAAAAUUGGUCUGGCCCCAGCUGCCAUUGUUCUAUCUCGUAGAGGAUCUACUGAUGCUUCCUCAGUGCUCAGAUCGCUGGAUAUGAACAAGAAACCAAGAUCAAGCACUCCCAUUAUUGCUGCAAGAAAAGUGAAACCUGGUUCCAUAGAAAAUGAUGAUCCAGACAUGGUUAGCAACCCUUAUCAGGCCAUUGUCAUAGCCAGGAAUUCUUUGAGGCAGAGAGAAGAAACAGCAAAGAUGCAGACUGAAAUACAGAAAUUAGAUAUGGAAGCUGAUGAACUGAGGCAGAAGGCUGAGGAUGAAAAAGCUACAAUCCAAAACUUGGAACUGGUGCUAAUGAAAAGAAAAAGAAAAGCUGAAAAGUGUCGACGCCUUGCAGAAGCGCAAUCCUCGUACAGAUCAAUGCUAGAGAAGAUGAUUCGAGAUGCCAUGCACCAGAGUGUAGUUUAUAAAGAACAAGUCAGGCUAAAUCAGGCGGCAGCAAGUGCCCUUAUGGCUACGCUUGAAGCUCAGAAAGCAAUCUGUGAUUCAUCAGAGAGAGAACUUCACAAGAAAUUCAAACAAAGGGAUGAGCUCGAAAAACUAGUAACACCCAACUUGAACAAGACAAGGAAGAGGUCGAGAACGGAUGUCUCCCUUACUGAAGAACCACUUCAAGAGAUGGUUUUGUAUUCGCCAGAAGCCAAUGGCAAGACCAAAAUGGAUCUGGAAAUGAAUGAUUAUUUGUUAGACGAGAAUGCCUCAUACAUGCAGAGACUGAAGUCCAAAUAUCCUUCUCACAAACAACUUAGAAAGUUUUUGGAGGAGGAGCAGAAAGUAUCAGAUGUUGAGCCCUCAUCUUUUAAGGAUGAAAUUGAAGAAGUACAAGAGAACGAAAGACCAAGUUUAAGAACCAGUUCUGUAAAACCUGGAGAUUCUAGCAUGGACAUUACUACGGCAGAAGGUGACAAAGUUAUUGAUCGAGAACUUGAUAUGCCGGACAUCAAGGAGAAUGGCAUAUGCAACAUCCGGUUUCCAGCCUAUGAUGAACCAGAAGAAGAAGAGGAUGAAGAGAGCCGAAAGCAACGUGGUAAAGGAAAUGUUGAAAAAUGGCUUCAGAUACUGUUAAAGGAGAAUGGGGAAGGAGGAGAUGAUGAUGCUACUGCAGAUCAAGAAAAUCUAAAUCCAAAUGAAGCAGUUAACAAAACAGAUGAAAUUAUUGCCAAGCUAGAUCAUGUGUAUCCACUGAAGGAAAUCAGGAUUUCCAAAGCCCAACAACAGCAGGACCUAGAGACUGCAGAUCAGCUUGACAAUCAGCAACUAAUCCCUGUUAAAGGUAUUAGUAAGAGGAAAGAUGAGAGUGCUCAUGUGGAAGCCAGAAAGUCAUUUUCAAACCACGGACUGAAGGUAGGUCUCGGAAAGAAAGAAAUGCUUGAGCUGAAAUGCAGAGACACGCCCAUAAGGAACCCUCCAUAUAAAAUAAAACCAGAGAAAAAAGUCGCAGAUCAUCAGAAAGAAAACUGUACCCCUGGAUUAGAAAACCAUUUAGGCAAUGAAAAGAAGGAAAAGGAACUUGUUAGGUCAGAUAGUUUCAGAGCAUUCAGGCGCAUUCCAUCGUCUCCAUCUCUGAUUCUGAGCGGUAUGAAGAAGAGGGUAGAUUGUAUAGGGAAGAAGCCUUUGGUCAUGGAUGAUGAGGCAGAUGGUGACGAGAAUUACACAGGUCAAAACAACAUUCUCAAGUCCACAAUCAAGACAAUCAAGAGAGCUGUGAAAAUUUAG